GGAGCCGCCGCAGCCGGAGCGGGGCCCGGCCGGCAGAGGAUGGCUCUUACAGACAUCGGGAGGACUGGUCUGCAUGGAAAUACUGGCUGAGGAGUCAGGUGUGCUGGACAAGCAGUGGUGGCCCUGGGGAAUAAAGCUCUGAACAUUAACAGGAGGACAACACUGAAACAGAAUGUCGCUUACCUUUUGUCUGAAAAGGUGAAAUCUUUUCAGGUAGAAAUGGCUGAUAAAGGUGGGAAGAUGGUCCCAGGACAAUUAUACAUUCAAGUGGAAUAUGACUAUGAGUAUGAGGCCAAGGACAAGAAAAUUGUGAUCAAGCAAGGGGAGAAAUAUAUCUUAGUGAAAAAGACUAAUGAUGAUUGGUGGCAAGUCAAAAGAGAUGAAAAUUCCAAACCCUUUUAUGUGCCAGCACAGUAUGUGAAGGAAAUACCCCGGAAAGCACUGAUGCCACCUGUGAAGCAGGCAGGCAUGCUGCCAAAUAACACCUUGAAGUUGACACAUGGAUUACAGAGAUCAACAGAAAAUGUGAAUAAGUCACCAGAGCUUUCUAGUUUUGGAAAAUCUUCUCCAGUUCAAGUGUCUUGCUUAGUUCGAGAUGCCAAUCAGAAUCUAGGACCGAACAAUAGCUCCUGUCAGACUUUUGGUUUGAGUCUGGACCUUACCCAGAACAAUGGAAAACUUAACAAUGAGUUGCAAUCUCCCAAGGUUUCCAAUCAGUUUAGAACCAUUUCCAUGGGCCAUUUCCCAUGCCCUGAGUUCUUGGAAAUAGAGAAGACCAGCUUUUUGCAUGAACAAUCUUGUGAUUCUGCAGGAGAAGGCUCAGAAAAAAUUCACCAAGAUUCAGAGUCUGGAGAUGAACUCAGUAGUAGUUCCACAGAACAAGUGCAGCCAACUACUCCACCAAGCCAAGGGAGGCCUGAUUCACCAGUUUAUGCUAAUUUACAAGAACUGAAAAUAUCUCAGUCUGCACUUCCACCACUACCUACAAGUGCUCCAGUCCAAAUAAAUGGGGAAUGGGAAACCCAUAAAGAUACGACAGGACGCUGUUAUUACUACAACAGAGGAUCACAGGAGCGAACCUGGAAACCUCCGCGGUGGGCCCGGGAUGCAAGCAUUAAUAAAGGGGAUUCCCAGAGCCAUGCAGAUCAUGAGCAUCUUUCAUCAGAAGAAAACGACCACAGUUCUUGUUACAGCCAGUCAGAUAGUCAGUAUGGUUCUCCUCCAAAGGGUUGGUCAGAAGAGUUGGAUGAACAUGGUCAAACCUUAUAUACCAAUGACUAUACUAAUGAAAAGUGGAUAAAACACGCAGAUGAGCAAGGUAGACCAUACUACUACAGUGCUGAUGGUUCCAGGUCAGAGUGGGAGUUACCUAAGUAUAAUGCUUCACCACAGCAGCAGAGAGAUAUAAUAAAGAGUAGGAGUCUGGACAGAAGGCUACAGGAGCCAAUAGUUUUAACAAAAUGGAGGCACAGCACAAUUGUGCUGGACACCAACGACAAGGAAUCAUCAACUGCUUCUAAGGCCAGUUUUCCUGAAAAUGAAUCAUCUCCUUCUUCACCAAAGCAUCAAGCCACAGGUCAAGAAAAGUAUGGGCUAUUAAAUGUGACAAAAAUUACAGAAAAUGGGAAGAAAGUUCGAAAGAAUUGGAUGUCAUCAUGGGCAGUGUUACAAGGGUCAUCCCUGCUGUUCACUAAAACCCAAGGAAGUGGAACUGGCUGGUCAUUUUGCCAAGGGGGCUCAAUUCCUGAGCUCUUGCUCUCGCUGCUUUCUUCUUGGAAAAAUGCUCUCAGUCAUCGACCUGCUGUCACCUAUGUAAACUCUGCCCAAGUUUCAGCUAUCAGUAAGUUUGGUGUUAAUCAAUCUAAGCCAGAAUUUACAGUGGAUCUCAAAGGGGCUUUGAUUGACUGGGCCUCGAAGGACAAAUCCAGCAAAAAGAAUGUUAUUGAGCUAAAAACUCGCCAAGGUACUGAGCUCUUAAUUCAAUCAGAUAAUGACAGCUUUAUUAAUGAAUGGUAUAAAGUUCUUAACUACACCAUCAAUAAUCAGGUAAUAGAGUCUGAUGAAGCAUUGGACGAUGAGGUACCAGAUUCACCUGGAGUGGAAAAACAAGACAAAGAAAAAGAAAAUAAAGACUCUAAGAAACUUCGUUCAGUGAAAGCACCCAGCAAUAUAGAUUCCACAGAUCAGAAAAAGACCAAAACAAAACUCAAGAAGUUUCUUACACGGCGCCCUACGUUACAAGCUGUCCGUGAAAAAGGCUACAUUAAGGAUCAAGUUUUUGGUUCAAAUCUCACCAGCUUGUGUCAAAGAGAAAACAGCACGGUGCCAAAGUUCGUGAAGCUGUGCAUUGAGCAUGUUGAGGAACAUGGAUUAGAUAUUGAUGGCUUAUACAGAGUUAGUGGCAAUCUUGCGGUGAUACAGAAGCUGAGAUUUGCAGUCAAUCAUGAUGAGAAGCUGGACUUGAGUGACAGUAAAUGGGAAGAUAUACAUGUCAUUACAGGAGCUCUAAAAAUGUUCUUCAGAGAAUUGCCGGAGCCGCUGUUCACUUACAACCACUUCAAUGACUUUGUCAAUGCAAUUAAGCAAGAACCAAGGCAGCGUGUCCCUGCUGUUAAAGAUUUAAUCAAGCAGCUGCCAAAACCAAAUCAGGACACGAUGCAGGUACUCUUUAGGCACCUGAAAAGAGUUGUAGAAAAUGGAGAAAAGAACCGAAUGACCUAUCAAAGUAUAGCAAUAGUUUUUGGUCCAACCUUACUAAAGCCAGAGAAAGAGACUGGUAACAUAGCAGUCCACACAGUGUACCAGAACCAGAUUGUAGAGUUAAUUCUACUGGAAUUGAAUUCCAUCUUUGGACGCUGACAUUUUUCUUGGAGAAGAAACUGGAAGUGAUGGGUUGGCAGCAGUACUCCAUCAGAAGGAAAGCCUCUUGCUGUAUAUGAUGUUUUAUGUUUGUGGACCAAGCAGCAACUUGUUUUUUGCACUUUCGGGGAGGAGAGAAACAGGAGAAAUGUUUGACCACUUUAAUGCGAAUUAAAGACAACACUUCAGAUUUCUUUGAAAAGUUCAAUAUAAAAAGUGAAUUGAAAAGUUUCUAGUUUGCCUUUUUUAAGUAUCAUUGGAAAAAUUUAAUAUAGGUUCAUACACUGGAUUUCUCAGAGAGUAAAACUAAUAAUCUCAGACUGGAUAAUCUGGAAUUUAAUCUCAAAAUUCUUCCAUAUGAUGAGGAAAAGUGCUACCAUUUUUCCUGGUAUGGAAAAAUUCAGUGAAGUCACAUCUUAAGCUUGUUUAUUACAAUGUAUUUAGAUCUGUAUGACACACUUUUCCAAGAGGUUUCUGCUUGCAGUGACUGUCAUAGACUUGUGCUAACAAUUUGGUUUAGUUAUUCAAAUAUAAUUCUUCACUUGAUAUCUGCUGCCCUCUUUCCUUCUUUUUCUCCUGUUUUUCUGUUGUUGGUUCUCUUUUUUUUUUUCUUUUUUUUACUUCUUUCUUACUUUUUUUUCCCCCAGCAGCCUCUCUGGAAGUUCUUUGCUGCUUCAUAGAGCAGCACACUAUUACACUAUUUCAAAAACUGAACUUGUAAAAAUAUCCAGCAAUAGUUAUUUGUCUUGGGGCAUAAUAGAAGUAAUAUUUAAUAAACAUGUUCAUUUUUUCAGGGUAUGUCCUGAGCUAAGUUCUGUGUUAUACUGAUCUAAAGCUAAAGUCCUGAGUACAUACCGACUGUAACACUGUAUUGAGUUCUUGGUAUAAUGCUGUGGUAGUGGAAGUUCAUUCUUGAUGUAAAUACAGGCUGUCCUUUUGAUUCCUGUACAUAAUUCAGUUCCUGUAUAGUUUAAGAACACUUUAGUCACACAUUUCUAAUCAUGGGUAGGUUAGCUAAAGUAGCAUAAUAUUUCCAGUGGAUGUCUGGGUUUCAGCAGGGAAACAGGUUCUGGGGAGGGAGGGAGAUCUAACUGUGUGCACUUUUAGAUGUUAAUUACAUUUGCGGGCAAAUAACUGUAAUGCAAAUGGUACUGGAGAAAUACUGAGUGUGCUUGCUAAAUUGUUAAUGCACUACAAGAAGAGCCUUUUAGGUUAUUUAAUAUGUACAGGAUACAUUAGAAAUAUGUAAUAUGAAUUCUAACAUCUACAGAUAGUAAAAGUCAUGUUUUGAUAGAUAGAUGUUUGAUGGAAUCCACAAUGCUAAAUUUAAGAUUUUCUUUUUACAUUAAUGUAGAAUAAUUUGUAAAAUUGGUUUUGAAAGAUUUUGUUACAGGGAGCAUGGUCUGCUGAAGAUUUUUUUAAAUGUAUUUUUCUAGACUAACUGCUGUAUCUGACAUAUUUGUUAUGUCUAACCUGAAUAAAGAAAACCAAUAGUUCUUUUAGAGUUUACCAUACCCACUUCAGCCAACACGAACCCCCUUUAAACAAGACCAAUGUAUGUUACCCCUUAGCAUGGAUGGAUCCCGCUUGUGACAAAGAGCUGUCACACUGGACUGAAAUAUGAAUGCCUACUGCAUAGCCUGACAAUUUUAGGAACUUCCCAGUCCCCUUAACAACUUGAAUUCUAACAUAAAGGUUCAGAGAGGGCAGAAGUAAUUUAUGGAUAUAAAUUUGCAGUCUUUAAAACACAUCCCUGCUGUACAGGAAAGAGUCAGGUAGAGGAAGGGGGGUUGUGUCUGUAGCCUUAGGGCUGCUGUGCCCCUCUCACACCCAGCCCUGGCUGGCAGCAGAGGGAUUGUGGUGGCACACUAAACUGUAACCAGACUGAUGGUACAGGAAUUUCAUGAGCAUAGGGCUUGCAUGAAAAGUUUUUGGAGAUGAGCGAGAAGAUUAGUAACCUUGUGGCUUUCUCAGUGUCUUCUUGUGGUAAUGGUGAAGUCUUGUGGUUUGUUGCAAAGCGACCUGGGUGAGAGCUUUGAAAGCCCGGGCUCAGCAGUGUGCUGUCAGCCUCCUCGGGGCUGUCACGCCAGCACUGCUCAGCCUGUGCCCAUACCUGCUACAAAAUACCGACAGAGUUGGAAUCUGUGGCUGUACAUUAUUCAAACCCUGCCUUUGGCUGUAAAGAAAGAAUUCCUGCUGCUACGUGAGAGGGCUUGUUCACUGGUCACCUUUUGUUGCGAGUGUUACCUUUUUCAAAGGAAGAAUGCCUUUUUAAAGCAAUUUGAUAAUGAGGAUGUCACACUUUUCCUUGUAUUCCCCAAAAAUAAAGCAUUUUGUUAUUACAAUA